GUUUUUCGUGAUCUGCUUUAUCACAGUGCAGAAAUCAUUUCCACAAAAUUCAGCAUCGCAGAAAGAGAGAGAAAGAUGGAGAAAGCGAUUAACAGACAGAGAAUUCUACUACAGCACCUGCAACCUAUUCCUUCUUCUUCUUCUUCUUCAUUGAAUCAGGGUCAUGAAUCUACACUCUCUGCCUCAAGUUGUUUAGCUGGGGAGAGUUCUACUUAUCACAGGACACCUGCUUCUGGAGAUGAUGUUGUCAUUGUUGCUGCCUACCGUACCGCUCAUUGCAAAUCAAAGCGUGGUGGUUUUAAGGAUACUCUUCCUGAUGAUUUACUAUCAACUGUUCUAAAGGCCGUGAUUGAGAAGACAAAUGUGAAUCCCAGGGAGGUAGGAGAUAUAGUUGUUGGUACAGUUCUUGCACCAGGUUCUCAAAGGGGAAUUGAAUGCCGAAUGGCUGCAAUAUAUGCUGGUUUCCCAGAUACGGUGCCCAUCAGAACAGUGAACAGACAAUGUUCAUCUGGCCUACAGGCAGUUGCUGAUGUAGCUGCUUACAUAAAAGCAGGAUUUUAUGAUAUAGGCAUUGGUGCUGGAGUAGAAUCAAUGAGUAUCGACUCAAUUGGACCUAUUUCCAAAGUCAACCCAAAAGUGGAUAAAUUUGCACAAGCUAGAGACUGCCUUCUUCCUAUGGGAAUCACAUCUGAAAAUGUGGCCCAGCGUUUUGGUGUCACAAGGCAAGAACAAGAUCGGGCUGCAGUCGAAUCUCAUAAGCGUGCUGCUAUAGCAACUUCAUCUGGGAAGUUCAGAGACGAGAUUGUUCCUGUUCAUACGAAGAUUGUGGACCCUAAAACCGGAGAGGAAAAGCCGGUUACGAUAUCUGUAGACGAUGGUAUUAGGCCAAACACAAACAUGGCUGAUCUAGCAAAACUGAAGCCAGCAUUCAAAAAGGAUGGUACAACAACAGCAGGGACUUCAAGUCAAGUUACCGAUGGUGCUGCUGCAGUCCUCCUCAUGAAAAGAAGUUUGGCUCUAAAGAAGGGUCUUCCAAUUCUUGGUGUAUUCAGGAGUUUUGAGGUUGUUGGUGUGGAUCCUUCUGUUAUGGGCAUAGGUCCUGCUGUUGCCAUUCCGAUUGCCGUGAAGUCGGCAGGUCUCGAGCUUGAUAACAUCGAUCUUUUUGAAAUAAAUGAGGCUUUUGCAUCCCAAUUUGUAUAUUGCUGCAAGAAGCUACAACUUGAUCCUCAAAAUGUUAAUGUUAAUGGAGGAGCCAUGGCUAUUGGGCAUCCAUUGGGAUCUACAGGAGCUCGUUGUGUCGCUACUUUACUUCACGAGAUGAAGCGGCGUGGGAAAGAUAGUCGUUUCGGUGUUGUUUCCAUGUGCAUAGGUUCCGGUAUGGGGGCUGCAGCAGUGUUUGAAAGAGGGGAUUGAGUGGAUGGCGUAUACAACACUCGGGUAACCAAAAAGUAGGAGCUAUGCCGAACGUAUUGGACCUUUUCAUAACAGUUUGAGACGUAGAAACUUCUUGCGGUUUGGAAGUAAUUCUCAAUAUAAUUUUUAGCAUGGUGUUAUAACUUAUAAACCAUGUUGUAAUACAAAUUCAUGAUGUUCACCGUCGUAUGUUUGAACCAAAAAUAUUCUAAAUAUUUGAUCAUACGUACUCGAAUUCAAGAUGAAGAUGAUAGACAGAGUCAGAGGCGAAUCCAAAAAAAAAUCCAUGAUGAGGCACAAAAUAAUCAGCUUAAUACAAAACAGGGGGCUUUGAGAACUCUCUAAAUCUCUGAGAAUGGAUGCAUAAUGUCGUAUUUAAUAUGUUUCUUUUUUAUCUAUGGCUAGAAUUUAAUGUAUUGAUUAAUA